AUGGAGCAAGAACUUCUGUCGCUCCUGGCAAACACCCAGUCUUCCACAACCGCCACGAGGCAGGCUGCGGAGCUCCAAUUGAAAUCUUUCUACUCCAACGAAGCCUUCCCCAUCUCCCUCACAGCCAUUGCCUCCCAUGAGUCCGUUCCCGUCAAUCUUCGCCAGUCGGCCCUGUCCGUGCUGCGCACCUACAUCGGUGCCGGCUGGUCAUCCAUGCUCGACGAUUUCAAGGGUCAGGUGCUUGUCAGCGACGCCAAUAAGGUACAAAUCCGCCGCGCGCUGCUCGAGCUCGCCACAACAACAGAGACUCCUGAACGCAAAGUGAAGGCUUCAGCCAGUUAUGCCGUGAGCAAAAUUGCCAGUGCCGACUUCCCAGAUGACUGGCCGGAACUCCUACCCUCGUUGCUGCACAUCAUCAACGAUGCCUCGACCACCGAUAGCGCCCUGCACGGAGCUCUGAAGGUACUGUUGGAUCUAGUUGAUACUGGGCUUAGCGAGGACCAAUUCUUCAAUGUUGCUCGCGAUCUCGUCUCCGCCCUCUUCGCUGUGGCCACUUCAGAAACUCGUCGCCCCAUGAUGCGAGCCCUCUCCGUCGCCGUUUUCCGAUCAUGCUUCGACACAUUUGAAAUGGUUCUGGAACAACACAAGGUGGCUAUCAAGCAAUUUGUCGAUGAGUUGCUGGGUGCAUGGUCUCCCUUCUUUGUUUCGACUCUGAAGGCACCUCUGCCCCAACCUCCGUCCGACGAGGAAGCCAACAAGUCGGGCGAGGUUGCGUCGCAGUGGCGCGGGGUCAUUGGCUUGAAAAUUCAGGUUGUUAAGACUCUCAUGAAAAUCCGGGGAGUUUUUCCCGCACUCCUGACAGCCCAGAGCCCCGCCUACUUCUCAACCGUCUGGGACGAGCUCACCAAUGCCUUGCCGAUCUACCAAAAUUUCUUUAUUGAGAACGAGCGCCAAGGUCGCCUCGAGGAUGUGGAUGGUCUCCCCUAUUCGCUUGAUUUCCUCGUUCUGGAAGAAUUGGAUCUCAUUCAGACGCUGCUUAAAGCACCUCCGGUCAAAGCGGAGCUGCAGCAGCAACUUCAGAAUGCCGGCGCGGCUGCGGGCUCCUCUGGCUGGCUCGUGGAGAUCAUGAAGCUCUCCAGUUCCUAUGCACAGAUCACCUCGGAAGAGGAAGGUCUCUGGGAUGUUGAUGUAAACCUCUUUUUGUCAGAGGAGACCUCUGUCACGGCGAAUUACACACCUAGAUCUUGCAGUGGUGAUCUGGUGAUCAAGGCUGGUGAAUGGCUGAAGGAGAAGGCGGCUGAGGGCAUGUUCAGCUACAUGAACAGCCUCUUCGCCGAUAGCACGUCUUCUUGGAAAGCUCGUGAGGCUGCUCUUUGCAUCCUCAACUUUCUUCUCCGGGACUUUGGCGAAGUCUCCCAGGAGAUCCCUCUCGAAUUGGCCAACCACUUCACUCAGUUUGUCAAUUACGCACUCCAGCAGGAGGAGGAGUUCCUGCGAGCUCGAGGCUAUUUGGCAGCUGGUGCUUUGGCUCGGGUUGCAGGUCAAGGAUUUCAGGGGAACACCACGUCUUAUUUGGAGGCGACUCUCAAGGCGAUUGCCGAAGAUCCUUCUGAAGUGGUCAAGGUUGCUGCCAUUCGAGUCCUGCAGGAUCUCAUUCCAACCCUGCCCAUUAGUGUGGCCCGUCCCUUCCAGGUUACUGUGAUCAACGCCCUCUCCGAGUUCGUCUCGGCGCACGAUCUGCGUGAACAGUCUGACUGUGACGAUCUCAAGGUCACGCUUGCGGAAACCCUCCGCGAUACCAUUAUGGCUGAUUCUAGCGUUGUUCUUUCGUCGGUGGCUAUCGAUGUCCUCUUCAACAUCGCUAGCAGUGGCGCCGAAAAUUUCCAGCUCACGAUGACGGUCACCGAAGCCUUUGAGGACAUUGUGGACCAGAUCACUGAGCAUGGCCCUGAGGCUUACAUGCGUCUUUGUGAAAAGGUACUGCCUUCCUUGAUGGGCGCCAUCGACAUCGGCAACAUGACCGAAGAGAACGCUUUGACCAACUUUGCAGCCGAUCUGCUUCGAGCCCUAGCUGAGCGUAGCUCCGAGCCUAUGCCCCCAGGCUUCGUGGAGACCGUCAUGCCCAAGCUCAACCGAUUGCUCUUGGAUUCUACUGAGGCAGAGCUGAUCCGGCCCGCAACCGAGGCCGUGCGCCACAUGCUUGCUCACGACUUCGCACAAUUCGUGGCCUGGCGGGAUUCUCAAUCUGGCAAGGAGGCACUCGAGGUCGUUCUUGUCAUUAUUGACCGCCUUCUCGGCCCAGCUGUGGAUGAUAAUGCCGCUGUUGAGGUCGGCCAACUGGCCGCUGAGUUGGUGGAGAAGGCUGGCUCGGAGCGCCUUGGCCCUUACCUACCCCAACUCCUCCAAGCUGUGGCUCAGCGUCUCGCAACUGCCCAGCAGGCACAGUUCAUCCAGAGUCUGAUUCUGGUAUUUGCCCGACUGAGCCUUGUCAGCGCACGAGAGGUUGUAGACUUCCUUGCACAGGUCAACCUGGAUGGCCAAAGUGGUUUAGCGGUGGUACUCAGUAAGUGGCUUGAGAACUCGGUGAACUUUGCCGGCUACGACGAGAUCAAGCAGAACAUUUUUGCACUGGCGCGACUAUACGAGCUGUCAGACCCGCGAUUGGCAGAGGUGCCUGUCAAGGGCGACCUCAUCAUCCAGGAUACUGGUCGCAUUAAGACUCGGUCGCAGGCUCGCACCAACCCCGAUCGGUAUACCACGGUAGCCGCACCCUUGAAGAUUAUCAAGGUGCUGGUGGAAGAAUUAUCUGCGGCCUCGGGCAACAAAGAGAUCGACGCCGCCCAGGCUGCAGCCCUAGAUGAUGCUGCAAGUGACGACGGUGACGACGACUGGGAGGAUGUGCCGGGACAAGUGCUGGACCUGGGAUUGGGAAUGACGAAGCAGCAACUGAUGAGCUUCGGCGAGGGUGGAACGGAGAGUGUGUUCGGGGUGCGACAACGGGACGACGAGACACAGGCCUUCCUGACAGACUUUUUCCGGCGGGCUGUGACGCAGCCGGGAUUCCAAGAGCUGUACGGGGCGCUGACUGAGGAUGAGCAAGCCAAGCUGCAGAGCCUAGGAUAG